AUGCUAAAUCUAUCUGUGCUAAAGGAGAAGGUGAGGAAUACGAAAUCCCACAUUCUGGAAGGAAUUCCGUUGAUCGGUGGUGUCCGCACAAACAAAGAGCGAAGUGAUCAAACAGCGCAUCUGCAACGGAACCUUGUGAAAAGCAGCAACCUUACCACCCUUGCUGACAAAGAAGUAAUGCGUUCCAACAAAUCUUAUGCAGAUCAUCUACGAAGAACUGAUAGUAUACCAGCAGCGAUCAGGAACUCCAGAGAAUCCAAACAUAUAUCGUUCAGAGGAACCAAGUAUGAUACCGUGUACGUUGAACAGAGUAGUCCCUCAUUGCAGGGAAGUCAGUCUGAAGAUGAACUUGUUACCAAGUCGGGAAGAGAAUCGACCGUACAAGCAUAUUCCGCUUCAAACUUGAAAAACAGUGUACGGGAAUCAGGCUACUCUGAUCAUCCACAAAGCAGUUUCAGUGUGGCCCGUGGUGUUAAUAAGGAGGAACAAAUACGUCUGCUAGAAAUUCGUCGUGCUAAACUCUUGAGUCGAAUUCACGAGUUACUCACAAACGUGGAUCAACAAGGGCAACUUCGUUCAAAUGCUGAGACAGCAGAACAAAGAGAGCUAAGCAAACUUCACCCUGUAAAGGAAGACCUAAUAGUACCCAGGGUAGCCAGUUACUGGAAUGCAAAAAGUACGCAAACCGAAGGUAGAAAACUACUGAAAGCUCGCAGAGGACUACAUGUAAUUCAGAAGCCACAACCUCCUGGAGUGCCUGUUCAUUAUACAGGAGGUCCCGGUCCUCAAGCCAAGAGGGGACUAGUCCAAAACAAAGUAUUUGAGGAUAAAAAAAGCAUGUUGAGGAUGGAUAAAUCAACGGAAAUUGACGAAUGGAAUUUGGAGGAUGAACAAUACAAAUGUGACGGAAAAGACAAAUCAGUUCAAACGCAGUUUCUCAAGCCGCGUCAACGUCGUCGUUUCAGCGAUGCUGUGGAAAUAACAGUUCGGAUGCUUUCCCAGCCGAAUUAUACGAUGAAGGUAGUGGCUGAUGGGAGUGGGUUACGAGCAGUGAGGGAAGAUAUUAAAAUAGAGUCAAAUAGAACUAGCUUAGCCGUGGGAACAGAACCUGAACCAGAACCCAGAUACAAAGGUCUGCAAUCUGCUACGACUAGUGAAGAAGGUUUUAGAAACAAAAGGGUUAGUUCGGUAAUAGAGGUGUUUUUAAAACAACCGUCUAUGAGACUCGAUUAUGCGCAGAGUCUCCAAUCAUCUGAGGAGCCGAAAAAGGUAGAGGGCCAAUACAAAGAUAAGGAGGAACACAAGUCAGGUAACUCAAUACUGGCAUCUUCACGGAAAGACAAUGGUGAAGAUUUUUUGGAUUUAUCUGAUCAGAAGCGACCGGAAAAAUCCGAAGUUUCUGUUCCGGAAAUGCAUAAUUUGAGAUCAUCGCUUGGAACACUCGUCGUAUCAGUUGAUGCCCAACCAUCUCAGUUGGAUAAAACAGCUGUGGGUGAAUCGAGACUAGGAGACAGGGAGCCAACGCAGGAUAAAAACUUAGCAAGCUUAUCUGAUGAUUUCGGACCUACAUCCGAACAUGCCAAGAGAACUGAGUUGGAGUUCCCCGAUUACAAACAGUUCGAAAACAGUGAAUAUACUAUUCCAGUGGAUCAUCUUCUGACACAACCACAUACAGAACCUGUGGCAUCUUAUGAUUUUGAACGUUUGCAAGGGGAUAGAACAAAAAUCGGUGGGCUUGAACAGGACGGCGAUGGACAAUUGCGGCAGUUGGAAAUAACAAGACUGGUUGGCGAUAUCGAAGCGGUGGCCAAACCGGUGAGCCAUGGUGAAGACAUUCGUUUCGAUAGGUUGGGUAACAAUCAGCCAGAAACUAAAGAAAGUCUUUAUUCACUAGGACGCGCCGCAACACCAGAUGGUGGUGCAGCCACCGAGUUGCUUGAGUCCCAACUACCGAAAGCAGAGACAACAGAUGUGUAUCAACUAGGCCAAAAAGAUGGCGACCUGCUGCAAGAGGCGGAAGCAACAAGCCCUACUGGCAGCACCAUUGCAGAACCCAAACUCGAGGACCGAAAUCAAGAAUCCGUGCUAGCUUCUUCGGAGAGAAAUGUUUCGGAUCCAGGGGAAAGAGCUGUUUCACCAGAACUUGGUCUGCCAUCACCGUCUGAGUCGUCAGCUAUGGUGCAUGACUCUCGGUCAUCCGAAAUCGAGAGGACAGCGUCAUAUGAGGUUGGAGAAGACAGCGAUGGUAUGCCAAGGGAGCCAGGCAUCGUUGAACAGCCCGACAUUGAACAUAGUGUUCAGCAUUUGGGAACAGGCCCAAUACCUGCUUCUAAUCAAACUGCACCAGCGUCGAUUGAGAGAAAUGAGGGGAAAAUAGAAUCUGACGAACGGAGUGAAGUGAUCGCUUCCACCGCCGAUGAACCCGAAUACACCACAAUUAAUGCUUUCCUGAACUGCCCGACAUUGAACAUGAUGUUCAGCAUUUGGGAACAGGCGCAAUACCUGCUUCUGAUCAAACUGCACCAGCGUCGAUUGAGAGGAAUGAGCGGAAAAUGGAAUCUGAAGAGCGGAGUGAAGUGA